UGUUCGCGCAAAGACUUGGUCAGAUUAUAAAACAAGACGCGUUCUUUGUCUUUUCUCUGUAAUUAAUUUAGAAUGUUGCAUGUUGGCUACACUACACCAUAUCGAAUCGUACUCUUGCUGUUAAUUAAAAGACUUUGUACUUACGAUUUUCCUGAGGAUCUGAUGUCUACCUUUGUCGUUUUUAUAACAAAAAACAUUUUGAAUGAAAGUUCAAUUCGUGAGACUUGUUCAGAACCACGAUUAAAUCACCUCUUGAAUGAAAUUACAAAGCUAAAGAACGGCGAGACCGAUAUGCAGCCUAUAGUCACCUCCAUUAAGAAUGAGAUUGAAACGAUCAACAAUCCUAGAGCUUUUGAUGAUUUCAUGACUUCCCUGAAAGAACUUGUUGUCGAAGACGAGGAGACCGAAAGGCCCGUCUCACCCGAGUAUAUAGUUCUGGAAAAAUGCAGUGUCAUGGGAUUAUUUGUACGUAGAUGCAAAAUCGAGUAUGCAAUUUUACCAAUGGAUCGAAUGUCAGAUAUUGUGGAAGCGUUUGACGCAUAUAUUCACGACAGAUACGGCGAUUCGUAUUUAUUACCCGGAGGACAACCAUCUGAUGUCAAAGGCUGGAUAUCUGUUUAUAAUAUCAAAGAAUUUUUGAAGGCUGAGGCUGACAAGAUUGAAUUGACAGGCACCAGCAACAUUCACCCGUCAGUUCUUUACAAAUAUCUUGAAAACAUUGAGCCGAAAGCUCCCCAUAUUUCAAAUAUUCGUCAAGUACGCUAUUUAAACUAUGUUCGAACAAAAGAAUAUGUCCAAUCACUUUCUGAUCUACAUACAUUUUUUGAUCUUACUAUAAGUGAAGGGGUUCCAGUACAGUAUGCAUUGUUGAAUAUUGGUAUCCUUGAAUUCAAGUUUGGUCAUAUAUUUAAUGCGCUGUCAGCUUUGAAUGAUGCUUUGUCUGCAGCAAGGUCUGACAAAGAUGACUAUUGUCUGCAAGAAGUCGAAUACUGGAUAGGCACUUGUAGAAAAAAGGAGCCUUUUAGGGACACCAAAUCCUUUGAUGAUCCUUACCUUGCUAAUAUGAGGACAUUAACUAAAGCACGAGACUUACUACGUCAGGGUGAGCCAUGUAGACUCAUAUUUGAAACUUUACAAACAGCUUCUGUUGACGUUAUCUUGAAGGAUGUAAAGAAUACAAGUCGUGUAAAAAAUUUGAUUGCCAGUUUGGCAUGGCAGAGAUAUGGCAAUAGUGCUCUAGCUGCAUCCUAUUUAAAAUUUGCUGAAAACUCUAGUGAUCGGGCUGUACAGGAUAUAGAAACAUCCGUAGUCUCACACGCAAAUAUGCUCCAAUUGAUGGGCAAUUCAAAUAAAGCACUCCAAGUUUUACAACAAUUUUCAGAAGAGUUUCCUACAGAAGCCGACUUUUUAUUACAUUGGAAACAGGCUCAAUCACGUAUAAAGAAGCUAUCUUGCAAAAAAAGAAAGUUUGACACAAUUAACGAUCAAGUCGAUAAACUUCGUUUACUUAUUCCGCCAUAUUCCGAGGAAUACUUCGAUGCUAUAUAUGAAAAUGCUAAAAUGCUCAUGUCCAAUAUGGAGUAUGCAAAGGCUCUCUAUAUACUUGAAGAAGUACACGACUUUAUUGUAAAAACAGAUCAAACACCACGAAUAUGCGCCAAUCUUAUUUUGAAAGCCAUUGUUAAUUUAAAAAUCAAUGAAAUUCAAACAGCAAUUCGUCUUGCUAUUGAUGCCAUGACAUUAAGUAAAAGAACCAAUGAUGCAAAAUAUUACUACAAGGCAGCAAUUCUUCUGUCAGAAGCAUAUGUUCGAACUAACGAUAAAGAUCUGAUUCAAAAGGCGUUAUUUAUCUUGGAAAAUAUUUUCCCUAAAGUACUGCUUGCGCAAUCGUUAAAACUAACUUCAGAACUGCAAUUAACAUACGCAGAGGCACUUGACUCAUCGUCUUCAACUGAUAAACACAUUUUGGAGUAUGUAAACUUGGCUGAAAAAGGAUUCCGGACUUUAAAAUGUAAAGAUCUCUUACUGCGAGCACUGUUUUUCAAAAUCACUCUCCUGCAUAAAUUGGACAUGCUAUCUGUUGCCAUUACUACCAUGCAAGAAAUCAGACAGAUCCAGUCUGAAGUUUAAAUUAAUUGAUAAAUUUAAAAAAAGGG